GUUGUGCCGAAAACGCGCAUUCGCUUUGAACAGCAAGCGAUUUUAAUUCAAGUCAUACUUUCCACAAAUUCACAGUGAAAAUAAAAGUAAAUUGUGCAAAAAACAAUUUAAAUAAAUUUUAUUAAAAUGAGCGCUUCUGGUAAAAGUUUGCUGGGUCUUUGGCUCUAUCGUAGUGGAGAGCAGGAGUGGGCUGUGAAACAAGGUAGCCCUUUACAUGCGUUACGCAAAGAACAUCGCAGUCUAGAUACCUCGAAUUCCGAGAGUGGCAGUGAGAAAGGUAGUAUUGAUUUGACCGAUUCGAAUCGCCAAAGUUCACCAGGUGAUCGAGUGUCCAUAAUUUUCACCUUGAAGAAUCAAGUUGGGAAUUUAGCUAGAGCAUUGCAAGUAUUUCAAGAACUAGGCAUUAAUGUCCUACAUUUGGAAUUAUCGCCGUUGGAGAAGGCCACCAAUCAGGCUGAUGUGCUCGUCGAUGUGGAAUGCGAUGCUCGACGUUUGGAUAAGGUACUGCAAAUGUUAAACCGCGAGGUGCAGUCUGUAAAUUACACCACCAUACAUCCGAUGUCACGAACGCCAUCAUUAUCAGCCUGCUCCAGUUUUGAUUUUGGAGAAAUGGUCUGGUUUCCACGUAAAAUAUCCGAUUUGGAUAAAGCACAAAAUGUGCUAAUGUAUGGCUCGGAACUGGAUGCUGACCACCCAGGCUUCAAAGAUCCAGUCUAUCGCAAGCGUCGCGAGACGUUUUCCGCUAUUGCUAACAACUACAAAAGUGGACAUGCAAUACCACGUGUGAGCUAUACACCGGAGGAGAUAAAAACUUGGGGCACUGUCUUCCGUGAACUUCACCGUCUCUAUAUCAAGCACGCAGUGCGGGAGUAUAUGGAAAAUUGGCCCGAAUUGGUGAAAUACUGCGGCUACCGUGAGGAUAAUGUGCCUCAAUUGGAGGAUGUUAGUAACUACUUGAAGCGUAAGACGGGAUUUCAGCUACGUCCAGUUGCUGGUUACUUAUCGCCACGCGAUUUUUUGUCUGGCUUGGCUUUUCGUGUUUUCCAUUGUACGCAGUAUAUUCGACACUCAUCGGAUCCAUUUUACACGCCUGAACCUGACUGCUGUCAUGAGCUUCUGGGUCAUAUGCCAUUACUAGCUAAUCCAAGUUUUGCUCAGUUCUCUCAGGAAAUCGGUUUGGCUUCGCUGGGAGCCGCGGAUGCAGAUAUUGAAAAGUUAGCAACGCUAUAUUUUUUUACGGUGGAAUUUGGUCUCUGCAAGCAACAAGAUAACACUUUCAAGGUAUAUGGCGCUGGACUACUAAGCUCUAUAGCUGAACUACAGCAUGCCAUAACCGCUAAAGAGAAAAUCAAAAAAUUCGAUCCGGAUGUUACGUGUCAAGAGGAAUGCAUCAUAACCUCGUAUCAAAAUGCUUACUACUACACCGAUUCGUUUGAGGAAGCCAAAGAGCAGAUGAGAAAUUUCGCUGACAGCAUACAACGCCCCUUCGGUGUGCGCUACAAUCCUUAUACCCAAGAGGUCGAGGUGCUCUCGAAUGCGCAGAAGAUAACCGCUUUUGUGAGCGAGCUAAAGGGCGAUUUGAGUCUGGUUUGUCAGGCAAUGCGCAAGAUUUCCGCAAACGAUGAACAAUUGGAUGUGGACAGCAUUGCAAAUAUGCUGCAAACAACUUUGCAUGUUCGCGGCGAUCGAACGCCCGGCAGCUCGGUAAGUCCAGAUAAUUCAGAUAAUUCACAGCACUCGGUUGGUGAAUAGAGGAUUGAAAUAUUAUGAGAUGAUGACAAAAUGCCGAAACUGCUGGACCUUGGAACAAAUUCUUAAGAAUAAAUAUUGAUAUUAAAAAUAAAAUAAAAAAUUAAUUUGAACAUAAAAACUAA